AUGGCCGCCGACCAAUCAGUUAACAAUAAAAUGGAUUUUGAUAAGGAUUUGUAUCCGGAAUUGGAUUAUCUGAUGACAGCCGACGACUUGGACGUCCAGUUUGUCAUCGAUGGCCAAUCAGUUCGGGCACAUAAGCUAUUUAUGAUAACAUCGAGUCCAGUAUUUCGGUCAAUGUUUUCCGGCCAAUGGCUGAUCGAAUCCGAUGGUAAAAAACCGAUUGAGAUCCGGGACACCACUCCCGAGGCAUUCAACGUAAUGAUUAGAUUUAUAUAUACGGAGAGAUUGAUGUUCAACAACGAUACCAAUGAUUUGGAUCAUAUCAGGGAUGUACUGAUACUCGCCGAUAGAUAUCGGAUGAAACGUAUGGGUAGUAUAGUUGUCCGACAUUUGAUAUCAAUGUUAUCCAUGGAUAACAUCCAACCGAUCGGUCGAUUGGCUUUCGACUAUCAAUUACCGGAUCUGAUUCGUGUACUGAAGAUAUUCAUUGAUCGCAAUUAUAGACAAUUGCGACAAAAACCGCAGUCAGAGCUGAAUUCAAUCAACAAUUCAUUAUGUUAA